AUGUCUCAGGUUGGGAAGGGGCCUGAUUUAUGGACAAUCUGCCAAACAUCGAGGUGGAAGAUGACCGUUUCCAUAUUUACUGUUUUACGAAACGUGCAGCUUGAGCGUCUCUUCAUCGACUCAGAGACCAGCAGCGUGACUGUACGGUCAGCUCGGUGA